CUUAUAUUUUUCACACUUCUCUCUCUCCAUACAAUACAAUCUUACUCUAGAUUACAAACAAACAUAUACCAAGAAAAAUUAGGGCUUAAUUAGGGUUUUCUCUCAAUUGCAAGUCAUAGUAGAUUUCUAGAUGUGAAACUUUUAAUUAUCUACUCAUCAUGAUUAUACAACCAAUACUACUUUUACAAGAGUCUACACCUUAUAUAGCUUAACUAACCCUAGCUCCAACAAAUUUGCCAACUUUCUUCUUCAUUUUUAAUUUUCUUGAUCAAGUAAUUGAAGAUGAGGAGUGGUGGUUGCACAGUGCAACAAACUCUAACAUCAGAGGCAGCAAGUGUAGUAAAACAAGCUGUUGUGCUAGCUAAACGUCGUGGUCAUGUCCAAGUGACACCUCUCCAUGUAGCAAACACCCUACUUUCUUCUUCUUCUGGCUUGCUUAGAACAGCAUGCCUCCAAUCUCAAACUCAAUCUCAAUCUCAUCCCCUCCGUUGUAAAGCCCUUGAACUUUGCUUCAACGUGGCCCUCAAUCGACUUCCUACAUCAUCAUCUUCUUCUAGUAGCCCCAUGCUACUAGGUCAUCAUCACUAUCGGAAUCAGAAUCAGAGUCAGAAUCAACAUCCUUCCAUUUCUAACGCGCUUGUAGCCGCCUUUAAGCGUGCUCAAGCUCAUCAAAGGAGAGGAUCAAUAGUAGAGAAUCAACAACAACAACAACAACCUAUUUUAGGUGUGAAGAUAGAUCUUGAACAACUCAUCAUUUCCAUCUUGGAUGAUCCUAGUGUGAGUAGGGUCAUGAGAGAAGCUGGAUUUUCAAGUACUCAAGUCAAAACCAAUGUUGAACAAGCUAUAAUUUCACUAGAUCUCAUAUGUACUACUUCUCAAAAUCCUUCUCCUUCAAGUAACUUCAAAGAAAACAACAACAACCAUAUAUUCCUUCAAAGUGAUGGAUUAGUAAAGGCAAGUUGCAACAAAGUAAGUAGUGCUACUAAUUCUUUUUCAAAUCAUGUUAAAGAUGAGGAUGUGAUGAGUGUAGUGGAAAGUCUAAUGAACAAAAGGAGGAAAAGUAUAGUGAUAGUUGGUGAAUGUAUUGGUACCUUAGAAGGGGUGAUUAAAGGAGUGAUGGAUAAAGUUGACAAUAUUAAUAAUGGAGAUAAUUGUUUUACUAUUGAUCAAUCAUUGAAAGAAAUUAAGCUCAUAAGUGUUCCUCUUUCAACUUUUGCUAAUAUCACAAGAGAAGAAGUUGACCAAAGAAUUGGAGAGUUGACUUGUCAUGUGAAAAGUCUAGUAACCAAAGGGGUUGUUUUAUACUUGGGAGACCUCAAGUGGAUUACUGAUUAUAGGGCUAAUAAUACUCAUAAUAAUUCAAGAAAUGGAUUACAUGGGAAAUUUGGGUAUUAUUGUCCUGUGGAACACAUAGUCAUGGAACUUGGGAGAUUGGUUUGUAGUAUUGGUGAAAAUGGAAAAAUUUGGCUUGUGGGAAUUGCAACAUUUCAAACUUACAUGAGAUGCAGAAGUGGUCAUAAUUCAUUGGAAUCCAUUUGGGGCCUGCAUCCUAUUACUUUUCCUCCUGGAAGUUUGGGCCUUAGUCUCAAUUCUGACAGUGAUACACAACUUGAACUUAGAAGCAAGGCAACAGAAAAUGGAUCUUGUGGGAUGAUUCUUGAUAGUGUGGAUGAUGAUGAUCAUGAGAAUCAAUUGACUUGUUGUGGUGAUUGCUCUUCCAUGUUCAAGAUAGAAGCAUUAAGCUUACAACAAAACAAUGCUUCUAACAUUGAAUCUUCAACAUUGUCCUCAUCAAGUUUACCUCCAUGGCUUAAAGAUGAAAGGCGAAGACUUAAUAGUAAUCAUCAUCAUGAUCAACAUCAGAAGGGUGUGUCAGUUGAACAACUUUGGAAAAAGUGGAAUUCAAUAUGCAACUCGUCUCAUAAGAAAACCAAGACGUUUGAAAGAAGUUUAACCUUUCCUACUUCAACAUCGCCUUCUUCAAUAUUCAAUUCACCAUUUCUUGAUCCAGAAGAACAAACAUGGAGGGGAGAAAAUGAUACUAAACUCGGACCAAGUUUGAGAAUCUACAUUCCUGAGCAUAGUGAUAGUGACCCUAGAAACACAUUUUCUUCAAAUAAUCCAAAUUGUACUCCUAAUUCCACUUCCUCAAGUGAUCAAAUCAUGGAGAUGGAAUACUACAUUUCAAUGUUUAAGGAGUUCAAUUUGGAAAACUUGAACAUUCUUUCCAAUGCAUUGGAGGAGAAAAUACCAUGGCAAAAAGAGGCCAUCAUAGAAAUUUCAAAGACAAUAUUGCAAUGUAGGUCAAGAAUGAUAAAAAGAACUAAUGGUGAAGCCAAAGAAGAAACUUGGUUAUUUUUCCAAGGCCAUGAUGUUCAAGCAAAGGAAAAAAUUGCAAGGGAAUUGGCUAAGGUUGUGUUUGGUUCUUAUUCAAGAUUCACAUCAAUUGCUUUGAGUUGUUUUUCCUCCAUAAAGUUGGAUUAUUACAAAAGGUUGCGAGAUGAACAAAGUUGUAGCUACAUUGAGAGAUUUGCACAAGCAGUGUGUUCAAAUCCACACCGCGUUUUCUUCGUGGAGGAUGUAGAACAAGUGGACUAUUGUUCUCAAAGGGGGAUCAAGAAGGCAAUUGAAAGAGGGAAAAUUACAAAUUCAAGUGGUGAAGAAGUGAGUCUAAGUGAUGCAAUUAUCAUUUUAAGUUGUGAUCAUGAGAGUUUUAUUAGUUCUAGGUCAUCAAGAGGUGUUUCUCCUAAUUGUGAUGGAUUAGACAACGAGGAAAUUAAAGGGGCAAAUGCAACAAUGGAGGAAACUAGAAGUAUUAGUACUAAUUGUGUUUCUUUGGAUUUAAACAUCUCCAUUGAUGAUGAUGAAACUAGUAAUACUGUUGAUGAUAUUAGACUUACUGAAAGUGUUGAUAGAUGCAUUAUGUUUAGAAUUCAAGAAAUGUAAGGAGAACAAACUAAACACCUUAUGUAUCAUGAUUAUGUGAUGAGAAAAUUUUCCUUA